GGUGCCGUCGUCCUGACGUCUUUUUCUUGUGCCAGGCCUGUCAGGCAGUCCGCUCUGGCUGUGGAGGCUCCAAAAGCUGGGCGGGGUCCGCUUCCCGCGCGGCCCUUCGGAAUCCGGCCGGAAAAGACGGUAAAGGAAAGGACGCCCCUCCACGCCUUUGUUACGACCCAUGGUCCCCGUCCGGGGACGGGUGGCCCUGCGCCGAGGUGUCCGCCCGGGCUGCGCUCUUUUCGAGGCCUUCGCGCUGGCGUCCUGUCCUUGUCCGCCCCCAGAGGCGUCACCCUGAGACCUGUGCGCGUUUUUAACCGGGGGACGGACGCACCGUGCGACGGUCAGCCCAAGGUCACCCGGCCCUGUGGAAGUGUGGGGUUUCGGCUGAGUCUCAGGUCUGCUCUCGGGACCCCAUGGCGGCCGCGGCGCUGAUGGACCGGGCUCUGGGCUGUGUGACCUUCGAGGACGUGUUCGUGUACUUCUCCCGGGAGGAGUGGGAGCUCCUUGAGGAGGCUCAGAGAUGCCUGUAUCGUGAUGUGAUGCUGGAGAACUUUGCGCUUGUGGCCUCACUGGAUUGCUGGCGUGGAGCAGCCCAUGAGGGCUCCCAUUCUGAGCAGAGCAUUUCCGUAGGAGUGUCACAGGUCAGGACUCCUGAAUCAGGUCCAUUUAUCCAGAAAGUGCACCCAUGUGAGAUGUGUGAGCCACUCCUGAAGGACGUUUUGCACCUGGCUGAACACCAGAGUUUACACCCUGUGCAGAAACUGUACACAUGUGACCCAUGUGGGAGAGGAUUGUUGUUUGGUGCAAACUUUGACCAGCACCAGAAGCGAUAUAGUGGAGAGAACCCCUUCAACGGUGAUGAAGGUGGGGCCUCAUUUGUGAAGAGCUGUGCAGUCCACAUGUUAGGGAGGCCCUGUACUUGCAGGGAGGAAGGGAUGGACUUGUUGGACAGUUCUGGCCUCUUCCAGCACCAGCCCACUCACUGCGGGAUGAGUCCAGGCAAAAGGACAGAGUUCAUGGAGUCCUUCCCACACAGCUCCAGCCUCGGGCGACACCAGGAGGAUCAUGAUGGACAGAUGCUCUUCAAUUGCAGUGACCAUGGGAAAGCCUUCCUGAACACCUUCACUCUUCUUGACAAACAAAUAACUCAUACUAAAGUGAGACCCUUUAGAUGCCUACCGUGUGGAAAUAUGUCCAAGGAGAAAUCGGCUGUCAUACAUCACCGAAAAAUUCACAAUGGAGAAACUCCACAUGCAUGUAAGGAGUGUGGAAAGGCCUUCAUUCACCUGUCCCACCUGAAAAUGCACCAGAAAUUUCACACUGGGAAAAGACAUUAUACGUGCAGUGAAUGUGGCAAGGCCUUCAGCCGCAAAGACACACUUGUGCAACACCAGAGAGUCCACACGGGAGAGAGGUCUUAUGACUGCAGUGAGUGUGGGAAAGCCUACAGUAGAAGCUCCCACCUUGUCCAGCACCAGAGAAUCCACACUGGAGAGAGGCCUUACAAGUGCGGUGAGUGUGGGAAGGCCUUCAGCCGUAAAGACACACUUGUGCAGCACCAGAGGUUUCACACUGGAGAGCGGCCAUACGAGUGCACUGAGUGUGGGAAAUUCUUUAGCCAAAGCUCUCACCUGAUUGAGCACUGGAGGAUUCACACUGGGGCAAGGCCUUACGAAUGCAUUGAAUGUGGGAAAUUCUUUAGCCAUAACUCCAGCCUAAUUAAACAUCGGAGAGUCCACACAGGAGCAAGGUCUUAUGUGUGCAGCAAGUGUGGGAAGGCUUUCAGCUGUAAAGAUACACUUGUUCAGCACCAGAUAAUUCACACAGGAGCAAGGCCUUAUGAAUGCAGCGAGUGUGGAAAAGCUUUCAGCCGCAAGGACACACUUGUGCAGCACCAGAAAAUCCACACAGGAGAGAGGCCUUAUGAGUGUAGUGAGUGUGGAAAAUUCUUUAGCCAUAGCUCCAACCUAAUUGUGCACCAGAGAAUCCACACUGGAGCAAAGCCUUAUGAAUGCAGUGAGUGUGGGAAAUGCUUCAGCCACAACUCCAGCCUCAUUCUACACCAGAGAGUUCACACCGGAGCAAGGCCUUACAUGUGCAGUGAGUGUGGAAAAGCCUACAUUAGUAGCUCCCACCUUGUUCAACACAAGAAAGUUCACACUGGUGCAAGACCUUAUGAGUGCAGUGAAUGUGGGAAAUUCUUUAGCCGCAACUCCAGCCUCAUUCUACACCAGAGGGUUCACACUGGAGAAAAGCCUUAUGUGUGCAGCAAAUGUGGGAAAGCCUAUAGCAGGAGCUCCCAUCUUGUUCGGCACCAGAAAGUUCACACUGGAGAAAGGCCUAAGGAAUGCAACAGUUUUGGUGGCCCUUUAGCUGCAUCUCUUAAACUUGUUUAGUACCAGAAAGUUCACAUUAAAGAAAGGCUAUGUGAAUGCAGAAAACCUGCUGUGUCCUUGUUCAACAUCAUAGGAUUCACACUCAAGGAAAGCUCUGUGAGUACCUUUUGUGAGGGAGGCAUCAGCCAGCAGGUUAACCUUGUACAUUCAUGUAUCUAUCCUGGGGACAUUCCCAAUAAGUAACACGUAGGUGGGAAGCUUUCAGGAGGUAUGUUGCACUUUGUAAAACUGUUCAGGGACCUUGACAGAGUUACAUCAAUGCCAGUGCCUCGGCAGAAGCCAUCUCAUUGCUGCCAGUUGUCAGGGUCCCACAGUGUGUGUCAGUCACUCCAGUAUGCUCAGGGAAGGCGACCCUCCUGCACUCUCUCUCUCAUUCCCUGGAGGGAAUCAUGAGUGUUCUGAGCUCACUGAAGGUCCUCAUUUCCUCCCCCAUGACAGGCCAAAAGGAUCUGAGCUGGAGUGUGUUGGGGAUUUCCAGACAAGAUUUUCCUUCUUCAUGGACAAUGUUGACUGUAAACACGAGAGUCAUGACUUAUUCGUCCUGCUUCCAUAUCACCCAACUUUGGAACUGCCUGCCCCAUGCUGCUCUGGUUUGUGCAGUGAGAAAGGCCUAUGGUGGCAGUCUUUACUUUGGGGAGUGGACUGUUCACUGUGUAGAAUGGAUUGAAAAUAAAUUGGGUCCUGCCAACAUGAAAGGAAUAAUACCUUUUGUUGGCACCUACUUUAUGUGCCUCAGAAGGGACAGCAGGAUGGCAGAAAAGUCUAGUUUGGCCUCGUUUACAUUGCUGCCCAAAGCUUUCUAGAAAAGACUGACGAGCUCUGUGUGCCUAAUCCUGGGGCCUGGAAGUCAGGAUUUCCUGUGAGCCAAGUUCAUUCUGAGAAGGGCAUAGCUGGUGUCAAAAUCUCCAAUGCUUCUGGAAGCAACAUAAAUUGGAUUCCUUGAAACUCAGGAAUGUCCCCUAUUCCACAGCACUUUUAAGGAAUUUCUAUCUCUUGGACCUAUACAGCAUCCUGUCUCUGAUGUCCAGAAUCCCAUAGGCUGGUGUCAUUGUUUGGAAAGCCUACAGGACUGGGUGGGAAUCAUAAUUUGUCCAAAAACACUGAGAUAAUAUAGUGGGGAUGACUGGCCAAUGAGAGGAGAUGUAUCUUCUAGAGGAGGCAUCUGUAAAUGUUCGUGUGAUUUUGGCUGAGUGGAAUGAGUACAGAAAUUCUUAGGACCUUCAGAUGUUUGUAUCUCCUGUGGCUAAGGCCCCCGUCAGAGUAACUAAGGUAGAUUCUUCUACCUCCCUGGGCUGCUGACAUUAUGGCCAUCGCCGCACAGGCAGGAACCACCGCACUGACAAAAGAAAGAUCCAGGAUAUGACUUCUCUGACCCAGCCAGCAUUCCUCAUGUAUGAAGUGGAGAGGGACUUCAUUGCUCUCCAGUUUUUGCUGACUUUGAGGCAGGGCUCACCCUCCUAAAUUGUGGGGAGAGGGAUAUGGUAGAACCAAAAUAAUUGGCAGGAGUCAUGUUCCAAGAGGGAUGAUAAAUAUGGAUUUUGAGGGGAACGUUUAGUUCUUAACAGCUUUUUUGAGGUAUGAUUGACAUGAAAUAAACUGCACGUAUGUAAAGUGUAAAA